AUGAAACUCUUGCCUUUUCUGUUCUCUAUCCUGGCUGCGCCAAUUACAGAUGCGACUCCAGUAAACGAGGGUCAAGUGUCUCAACCGGCGCUCGAUCAUAGGACAGCCAAUGCAUCAGAAGACGGGUUUAAAUAUCUAAACUUCAAAACUCGAAAAUAUCUCGUCGAUGGAAAGUCUAUUCCCGAGGUCAAGUUUGAUGUUGGAGAGUCUUAUGCCGGCCUCCUCCCCAUAUCCCCGUCAUCCAACUCGAGUUUAUUUUUCUGGUUUUUUCCGACGAGCAACCCGAAAGCUUCCGAUGAGAUUACAAUAUGGCUGAACGGCGGGCCGGGAGACAGCUCGUUAAACGGCAUGCUUCUUGCCACUGGCCCUUUCCUCUGGCGACCCGGAACCGACAGGCCGAUCCCGAAUCCAUACGCAUGGAACAACUUGACCAAUGUAGUCUACAUAGACCAACCCGCCGGAACUGGAUACUCGCCAGGCUCGGGGACAGUCGGAAAUGUCAUCGAUAUCGCAGAGCAAUUCACUUCGUUGUUCAAGAACUUCGCGACGACUUUUGGGCUCGAACGUCGAAAAGUGUACAUCACGGGCGAAAGUUAUGCAGGCCACAUGAUCCCUUACAUCGCGUCGCGGAUGCUUGAUGAGAAGAACAAUACCUACUCGAACGUCAAGGGUGUACAGAUUGUUGACGGCGUGAUCAACUCAUUCUCGGUGAUACAACAAGCUCCGGUUGUGGCAGCGGUAAAGCAUUUCAACCAUGUCAUGAACCUCAACGACACGUUCAUUUCCGACAUCAAUACGAGGUCCGAACAAUGCGGCUACAACAAAUUUCUGUCAGAGGUCCUGACAUAUCCCCCGUCGAAAAAGGUAUUUGCCACACCGGACAAGGAUCAGCCAGGCUGCAGUAUCUGGAGCGACAUUUUGACAGCUGCGUUCAAAGUCAACCCUUGCUUCAACACCUACCACUUGACUGAUAAGUGUCCAACUCCAGAGAGUGUCAUGGACGACGGGCCCAACAGUUAUUUCAACAGGGAGGACGUAAAGAAGGUGCUCCAUGUACCGCCAAAAACCGAGUAUAAAGCUCACGGUGGCUUUGCCUGGAGCGGAUUCCCCGGCCCCGACGGGCUUGCACCGCGACCCAGCGCCUUGGGCCCGUUGCCGCGUGUCAUUGAGAUGACCAACAACACUAUUAUUGCCCAUGGCUUGCAGGACUUUCUGCUCUUGGCCAACGGGAGCUUGGCCACCAUUCAGAACAUGACCUGGAACGGAUACCAAGGGUUCCAGAAAGCGCCUACUGAACCGUUGGUCGUCCCGUACAGGCAUCAACGGCGAGAACUGGAUUACAGAAAAGAGUCCGCUAUGGAAACUGGUGUUCGUGUAGAGGGGAACGCUCACACAGAGCGUGGACUGACCUUUGUAUCCAUCGACACAGCUGGCCAUGGUGCUGCGUAUAGGCAGCUUGAGUUUCUCCUAGGACGCAUCGAGAACCUCCAGCAGGAGUGA